AUGAACACCAUACAAGAAUUAGACAUUUUCACAAGGUUGUUUCUUCUAUUAAUCUUUCUAGCCCUAUUCAUUCGAGUUUGUUACGUUUAUUUUUCGUUACGCAGUGAUCAACGCAUUCAAGAUCCAAAUUUCAACCUAACACCGAUACAACAUUCUCGCGCCGAUGAAAAAAGCACCGUGAUAGGGCUCUCUAGGAGUGUCAUCAAUUCUUACCACACAUUUCCUUUCAAUAAAAACCACAUUGCGACUAUUAAUAAGGAUAGCGAUUACGACACCAUUUGUUCUAUAUGUAUUUCGGAUUACAAGGAGCAAGAGAUUUUGAAGAUGAUGCCGCAAUGUCGCCAUUAUUUUCAUCGAAAUUGUGUUGAUACAUGGUUGAAGGUUAAUGCUUCGUGCCCAAUUUGUAGAAAUUCGCUAUUACAAGGAAAUGAUGGUGAUGUAUCAAACUUAGAAGCUGUCUAA